AUGGCGGACGCUGAGGCGAGCGCUGAGAUGCCGGAGGAGGCCAGACCCGACGCGGGUACCUUGCGGGUGUUGCGAGACAUGGCCAGCCGCCUGCGAAUUCAUUCCAUCAGGGCCACGUGCUCCACGAGCUCCGGCCACCCUACAUCAUGCAGCAGUUCUGCCGAGAUCAUGUCUGUGCUGUUCUUCUACAUCAUGAGGUACAAGCAGUCAGAUCCAGAGAAUCCAGACAAUGACCGAUUCGUCCUCGCAAAGAGACUGUCAUUUGUGGAUGUGGCAACAGGAUGGCUUGGGCAAGGACUGGGAGUUGCGUGUGGAAUGGCAUAUACUGGCAAGUACUUCAACAGGGCCAGCUACCGGGUGUUCUGCCUCAUGAGUGACGGCGAGUCCUCAGAAGGCUCUGUCUGGGAGGCAAUGGCCUUUGCUUCGUACUACAGUCUGGACAAUCUCGUGGCGAUCUUUGAUGUGAACCGCCUGGGACACAGUGGUGCGCUGCCCUCUGAGCACAGCAUAGACAUCUAUCAGAGGCGCUGCGAAGCCUUCGGGUGGAACACUUACGUGGCGGACGGCCGGGACGUGGAGGCACUGUGCCAGGUGUUCUGGCGGGCCUCUCAGGUGAAGCACAAACCCACUGCUGUGGUGGCCAAGACCUUCAAGGGCCGGGGCACACCAAGUAUGGAGGAUGCAGAAAGUUGGCAUGGAAAGCCAAUGCCAAGAGAAAGAGCAGAUGCCAUUAUCAAAUUAAUUGAGAGCCAGAUAGAAACCAGCAGGAACCUUGAUCCACAGCCCCCCAUCGAGGACUUCCCUGAAAUCAACAUCAUGGAUGUAAGGAUGACCCCUCCACCUGAUUACAGAGUUGGUGACAAGAUAGCUACUCGGAAAGCAUGUGGCUUGGCUCUGGCUAAGCUGGGCGAUGCAAACGACAGAGUCAUUGUGCUGGAUGGCGACACCAAGUACUCUACCUUUUCUGAGAUAUUCAACAAAGAGUACCCUGAGCGUUUCAUCGAGUGCUUUAUGGCUGAACAAAACAUGGUGAGCGUGGCGCUGGGCUGUGCCUCCCAUGGGCGGACCAUUGCAUUUGUUAGCACCUUUGCUGCCUUUCUGACCCGAGCAUUUGAUCAGAUCCGGAUGGGAGCCAUCUCUGAAAGCAACAUCAACAUUAUUGGCUCCCACUGUGGGGUAUCUGUGGGUGAAGAUGGCGCUUCCCAGAUGGCCCUGGAUGAUAUAGCCAUGUUCCGAACCAUUCCCAUGUGCACCAUUUUCUAUCCAAGUGAUGCCGUCUCUACGGAGCAUGCUGUUUCUCUGGCAGCCAAUGCCAAGGGAAUGUGCUUCAUUCGGACCACCCGACCAGAAACUAUCGUUAUUUACACCCCACAGGAACACUUUGAGAUCGGACAGGCCAAGGUCCUCCGCCACUGUGUCAGUGACAAGGUCACAGUUAUUGGAGCUGGAAUUACUGUGUACGAAGCCUUAGCAGCUGCUGAUGAGCUUGCAAAACAAGAUAUUCUUAUCCGUGUCAUUGACCUGUUUACCAUUAAACCUCUGGAUGUCACUACCAUCAUCUCCAGUGCGAAAGCCACAGAGGGCCGGGUCAUUACAGUGGAGGAUCACUACCCACAAGGUGGCAUAGGGGAAGCUGUCUACGCAGCCGUCUCCAUGGAUCCUGACAUUAAAGUUCAGUCACUGGCAGUGUCGGGAGUGCCUCAGAGUGGGAAACCCAAGGAAUUGCUGGAUAUGUAUGGAAUUAGUGCCAGACACAUCGUAGUGGCCGUGAAAUGCAUGUUGCUGAACUAGAAUAGCUGUUGGCUUUGGACUUAAAAGGCCUGUUUACCCCACGUUUGUUUGUUCCAAAACCGUCAUUUACAUCUAUAUUGUCAUGCUUUGUUUCUUAAAAGCAAAGCUGGCUAACACCUUCCUUCAUCCCUAGUUUGGAAAUUCAAGCUAACUACUUAUCUUUUAAACUGUGACUGCCUAUGCAAAUACCACAAUAAUUUUUGAAUCAUUAAAGGGAGUCAUACAACGUUAAGUGAAAAAAAUAGGUAGUAAAACAACCACCUGAUAGUAAGUCUUCUGAUAGCGCUAUAGAUGCAUGGUAGAGGUCAUAACCUUAAUGUACUUCCUUCAUGUGUAACUAGUAGAAGUAAUCUUUUUUUAAUGUGUAAGACUGUAGAUAAGUGGUAGAGGUAAUAAAUUCUUCAGUGUAUUUCCUUGAUGAGUAACUUACAUAUAAGACUCUAGAUAAAUGGUAGAGGUAAUUGUUUUCUCAAUGUAUUUCCUUCAUGAGUAAAGAAAAUGUGAACCGAAGUAUAGAUUGCAGUAGCCUAGGUUCCACAACACAAUAACACCAUGACACCUGCUGUUCCCACCUUGGGAUUCUGUGUGCUGCCAUCCAACCUGCAGCCUCCUGGGUAACGGUGUGACUGCAGCUGCCCUGGAAUUCACUUCACUGUUUGCCUUCAUCUCCCCUCUGCUGUUGAGAGCCUGUCAGGCAGC